GUUUAAAGUGCGUGACUUUCUUUUAAUCACAACAAGUCUUGGGAAAGUUGGAACUUCAGCGGGUGACAAGCAAAGAUGGGACGCGGAGGAGGAGGACGAGAUCAAUAUGACCUGGCAGCAACGUCAGAGCAAACUGGGAAGAAAAAGAACAAGAACAGAAAAGAUAUGGAUGAGCUGAAAAAGGAAGUGGAUUUGGAUGAUCACAAGCUGAGCUUAGAUGAGCUUCAUCGUAAAUAUGGUACAGACUUGAGCAAGGGCCUUACAACUUCACGUGCAAAAGAAAUUCUUGCCCGUGAUGGCCCCAAUGCUCUCACUCCUCCACCUACCACACCAGAGUGGGUGAAGUUCUGUAAGCAGAUGUUUGGAGGCUUCUCCAUGCUCCUGUGGACUGGCGCUGUUCUCUGCUUCUUUGCUUAUGGUAUUCAAGCUGCAAUGGAAGAUGAACCAGCCAAUGAUAAUCUGUAUUUGGGAGUUGUGCUUUCAGCUGUUGUCAUCAUCACUGGUUGCUUCUCGUACUACCAAGAGGCCAAGAGCUCGAAAAUCAUGGACUCCUUCAAGAACCUGGUGCCCCAGCAAGCUCUGGUUAUCCGCGACGGUGAGAAAAAGCACAUUAAUGCUGAGGAUGUGGUUGUGGGUGAUCUGGUGGAAGUAAAAGGUGGAGACAGGAUACCAGCAGACCUGCGUAUCAUUUCUGCACAUGGUUGUAAGGUGGACAACUCAUCUCUUACUGGGGAGUCAGAACCUCAGACUCGCUCUCCAGAUUUCUCCAAUGACAACCCUCUGGAAACCAGGAAUAUCGCUUUCUUCUCUACCAACUGUGUGGAAGGCACUGCACGUGGUAUUGUCAUCAGCACUGGCGACCGUACUGUCAUGGGCCGAAUUGCCACACUUGCUUCUGGUCUUGAGGUGGGUAGGACACCCAUCUCUAUUGAAAUUGAGCACUUCAUCCACAUCAUAACAGGCGUGGCUGUCUUUCUUGGAGUUUCCUUCUUCAUCCUCUCUCUUAUCUUGGGCUACACCUGGCUUGAAGCAGUCAUCUUCCUCAUUGGAAUCAUUGUUGCUAAUGUGCCUGAAGGUCUUCUUGCUACUGUUACUGUGUGUCUCACAUUGACAGCAAAACGUAUGGCAAAGAAGAACUGUCUAGUGAAGAACCUUGAGGCUGUGGAAACUCUGGGUUCCACAUCAACCAUCUGCUCAGACAAGACAGGAACCUUGACCCAGAACCGUAUGACUGUUGCACACAUGUGGUUUGACAACCAGAUCCAUGAAGCUGACACCACAGAAAACCAGAGCGGAACCAGUUUUGAUCGAAGCUCACCCACCUGGACCUCCCUGGCACGCAUUGCUGGUCUUUGCAAUAGAGCUGUUUUUUUAGCAGAGCAAACUGAUGUUCCUAUUUUAAAGAGAGAUGUUGCUGGAGAUGCCUCAGAGUCUGCCCUCUUGAAGUGUAUUGAACUUUGUUGUGGAUCUGUGAAAGAGAUGAGGGACAGACAUACAAAAGUGGCAGAAAUCCCCUUCAACUCAACUAAUAAAUACCAGCUCUCAGUGCACAAGAACCCAGAUUCUGCAUCAGAUUCCAAAUACUUGCUUGUAAUGAAAGGAGCACCAGAGAGAAUUCUGGACCGCUGCAGUUCCAUAAUGAUACAAGGAAAAGAUCAGCCUCUGGAUGACGACAUGAGAGAAGCUUUUCAGAAUGCUUACCUGGAGUUGGGAGGGCUUGGAGAGAGAGUACUGGGAUUUUGCAACUUCUACUUGCCUGAGGAACAGUUUCCAGAGGGCUUCCAGUUUGAUACAGAUGAUGUGAACUUUCCUACUGAGAAUCUAUGCUUUGUUGGUCUCAUGUCCAUGAUUGAUCCCCCGCGUGCAGCAGUGCCAGAUGCUGUGGGGAAAUGCAGGAGUGCUGGUAUUAAGGUUAUAAUGGUCACUGGUGACCAUCCGAUUACAGCUAAGGCUAUUGCCAAAGGUGUUGGGAUUAUCUCUGAGGGCAACGAGACUAUAGAAGACAUUGCUGCACGCUUAAACAUUCCUAUCAAUGAAGUCAAUCCAAGAGAUGCUAAAGCAUGUGUGGUCCAUGGUGGAGAUCUUAAAGACCUUAGUCCAGAACAGCUAGAUGACAUCCUAAAAUACCACACAGAGAUUGUGUUUGCUAGAACCUCCCCUCAGCAGAAAUUGAUCAUUGUUGAAGGGUGUCAGCGUCAGGGAGCCAUUGUAGCUGUUACAGGUGAUGGUGUGAACGAUUCUCCCGCGCUGAAGAAAGCUGAUAUUGGUGUUGCAAUGGGUAUUGCUGGUUCGGAUGUAUCCAAGCAGGCUGCCGACAUGAUCCUUCUUGAUGACAACUUUGCAUCAAUUGUGACUGGAGUUGAAGAAGGCCGGCUGAUCUUUGACAACCUGAAGAAGUCCAUUGCAUACACUCUGACCAGUAACAUCCCUGAGAUCACGCCUUUUCUGCUCUUCAUCAUUGCUAAUAUCCCUCUGCCACUGGGAACUGUCACCAUUCUAUGUAUUGAUCUUGGAACAGACAUGGUUCCAGCUAUUUCCCUGGCAUAUGAAGCUGCUGAGAGUGAUAUCAUGAAGAGACAGCCCAGAAACCCCAAAACAGACAAACUAGUAAAUGAAAGACUCAUUAGUAUUGCAUAUGGCCAAAUAGGUAUGAUACAGGCGCUAGCUGGAUUCUUCACAUAUUUUGUCAUCCUGGCUGAAAAUGGGUUCCUGCCAUCAAGACUACUUGGAAUCCGUGUGCAUUGGGAUGACAAAUAUAUAAAUGAUCUUGAGGACAGCUAUGGGCAGCAGUGGACAUAUGAACAGAGAAAGAUUGUGGAGUUCACCUGCCACACUGCCUUCUUCGCCAGCAUUGUGGUUGUGCAGUGGGCUGACCUGAUUAUCUGCAAGACCAGGAGGAACUCUGUCUUCCAGCAAGGAAUGAAGAAUAAAAUCCUCAUUUUCGGACUGUUUGAGGAAACUGCUCUUGCAGCUUUCCUGUCUUACUGCCCAGGGAUGGAUGUGGCUCUGAGAAUGUAUCCGCUCAAACCCAACUGGUGGUUUUGCGCUUUCCCAUACUCUCUCCUCAUCUUUAUUUAUGAUGAACUCAGAAAGCUCAUCCUCAGGCGCUAUCCUGGAGGCUGGGUGGAGAGAGAGACAUACUAUUAGAGCAUCAUAUCACCAGAACUUGAGUCUUUUUGUUUAGUGCACUGAUAGUUUUACUACUCUGAAUUUUAACCUCUUUACAC